UUUAUGUGCAAUGAAGCCUAAUUUAAAACCGGUUAAGCGGAUUGAACCUAUUGAAACAAAACAAAAUAGAGAAGAAGGAAACUGAAGAAAAUCCGAAUGCUCCAUCUGCGAAAAGCUUUAUCUGAUAAUCUGUUCAACCCCAACUAUUGCCGCAACCUCUUCUGUCUCUACCUCCGGACAAAGUCCGGCGAUGGCUCCGGCGGCUUUUGCUGGAAAACCAACAGAGAAGAAGAAGAAGAAGAAGGGCAAAUACGUCUUUUUAAAAGCAGAGGGCAGCACCUCCUGACCAACCCGCGAGUGCUGGACGCCAUCAUUCGGGCUUCGGGCGUGAAGCCCGAUGAUACUGUUCUGGAAAUCGGACCCGGCACCGGGAAUCUCACUCUCAAGCUCCUUGAGGCCGCCAAGAAAGUUGUGGCCGUCGAGAUCGACAGUCGUAUGGUUGAGGUUCUGCGUAAACGGGCCGCUGCCGCUGGGAGAGGGUUUGAUGACCGUCUCGACAUUAUUAUUGGUGAUGCAUUGAGGACCGAGUUCCCAAAAUUCAAUCUUGUCGUGGCAAACAUUCCUUACGGCAUAUCAUCCCCAUUGUUGGCUAAAUUGGUUUAUGGUGCAACCGAAAAUCCGUUUAGAAGUGCAACAUUAUUGCUUCAGAAAGAGUUCGCGAGAAGGCUUUUGGCAAAACCAGGUGACUCUGAGUUCAAUAGACUGGCCGUGAAUGUGAAUCUGGUUGCUAACGUUGAAUUUGUAAUGGAUGUAAGCAAGAGGGACUUUGUACCGUGCCCGAGAGUUGAUUCCUCGGUGGUGAAAAUCUACCCUAAAAGUGAAAUCCCAAAUGUCGACCUAGACGAGUGGUGGGCUUUCACAAGGACUUGUUUUUGCAAGAAAAACAAGACUUUAGGCGCGACGUUCAAACAAAAGAGAAAAUUGAUGGAGUUAAUGAAAUUGUCUAAAUUUGAUUUGCUUUCCGAAGAUGGUAAUUCAGAAGGUCGUGAAUAUGAUAGCAAUGGUGAUGGAGAUGAAGAAGGAUUCGGGUCGUGUUUGGGGUCCGAUAAUGGGGUUGGCAUUCUCAGGAGGAAAAUCGUGAGCGUUUUGGAAUCGGGUGAGUUCUUGGAUAAGAGGCCGUCCAAACUGUCAAACGAUGAUCUUUUGUGUUUGUUAUUUCUGUUUAAUGAAGCUGGUAUCUAUUUUAGUGAUCAAGAAAAGCCAAAGGGUGGUGUUUGUGCUGCUGCUUGUGGGGAUCUGAUGUAACACAGUAACUAAUGAUUUUAUUUUUUAUUUAUUUUUUACCUUAUAAAAAUAUCAACUGCAAUUGAGUUGGUGUACUAGGAAGCAUUUUAGUCGUAUGGUUUUGUAUCUUAUCCAUUUUCUUGUUCUAAUCUAAUGUUACAGAAUGAAUUUUGAAAAAUUAUGAGUUUUAGUAUAAAAUUUGAGAUUGGCUUGGAUGAA